AUGCGCAGUCCGAUGCUGACGGUGCCUGGCAGCCCUCGGAUGGCCGCGCGGAUCGAGGAAGCUACGCGACGCCGUCGCUUGCUCAACGCUGCACUUUCGGUGGCUGACUCCACCACAACAGCCAACAAUGCGACGCAGCGCCUGCGCCGCCAUCGAUCCGCCUUCGGGACGCAGACCUGGUCGGACAGACGGGCGCGAAGUCAGUACCUUGAGUUCAAAGAGAACAUUGCGCAGAUGGUCGAGACUCACGCCAUCUCAAGCGUUCUUUCUCUCCAACCUCCAGGAAGCUCAGACUGUGGAGUACCACUAAACGUCGUGUGCGCAGGAUCGCGACUCACGGGCGAACCAUCUACCAGCCUCAUCUCCAUCAAUCGAGGGUCUAGAAUCGUGUGGUCCUGUUAG